GUAGGUAUUUAAAAAGGCCAGACCGCAGUGCUUAUUGUACAGAAUGGUGUCUCUUUCUUUCUCUCUCUCUCUCUCUCUCUCUCUCUCUCUGUCUCACACACACACACACAUACAUAAACACACACACAGAGAAGACAGCCAAGUAAUCAACGUCAGCUGAAGAAGUUUAUUCCUGAGGAAGACCUUCACUCAGUGGAUUCUAUUUGAAAAAUGGACACCACGUUGGACAUCUUGAGAGAAAAACUACACAAGGAAACUGAAAACAUUUUAGAAAUGGUAAAAGAAGAGCUCGAGCAAAGAGAAGAGGAGAUCGAGAGUAAGAGACUAAAACUGGAAAAGAAAGAGGAAAAGAUUCAAAAAAUGAAACAAGACCUAGAGGAGAAUGAUGCAGAAAUAGAGAGAAUGAGGCAUAAAGUGGAAAAGAAAGAUGGAGAGAUUGAGAGAAUGAAACAUGAACUAGAAGAGAAAGAUGAAGAGAUAGAGCAAUUGAAAGAGGAACUAGAAAAUAAAGAUGACAAGAUUGACAGAAAGCGGCAGAAGUUGGAAAACAGACAUAAUGAGUUAGAAGAACUAAGACAAGAACUGGAAGAGAAAGAUGAAACAAUAAACGGACUGCGAGAAGAAAUAGAAGAUAAAGAUGAAACAAUAAACAGAAUGCGAGAAGAAAUAGAACAGAAAGAUGAAGAGAUAGAGAGAAUGCGACAAGAACUGGAGGCAAAGGUUGGGGAGAUAUAUGGUAUAAUCGGUAUCUAAUCUAAUGUGAUGCUAAUGUUAUGCACACAUUCUCACCAUUGCAUAUUUUUAAGAACUCUUGAAGCCAACUGGUGUGUAAAGUUCACAUUGGUUAAGAUUAGGAGCAGGAUCAAUAAAAGGGAUGGGGCAUUAAUUAUCACAUCAUUCAUAUUAAAGGACAUGGAAAUCACUGCUCUAACACACUCUCCUGAUUGUAACUGAUGCUGCUCUAGCUAGGUUUUGAAUGGAUGGCUUGCUUAUUAGGGAUAAAUUCACAUAUUUACAGUUUAUUCUGGUUUAAUUUAAUUUGAAUCUAUUUAUUUCUCUAAAGCUGCUUUGUGACAAUGUUCAUAGUUUAAAGCACUAUAGAAAUAAAAUUGAAUUGAAUUGAAUUGAAUGGGUAAAGUUACCAUGAAGGGAGGGAUGCAGCUAUGUGGAGUAUUGUGGGGCAGGGCGGAGCAAGAUGUGACGGGGUAGGACUGGGCAGGCUGGGGUUGAGAAGAUGGUGAGUUUUGAAAUAAAUCUAAUAGGAGUCUAGUAUAUCACCAGUAUAUUGCUGCAUGAAUAGGCCUAGCUGUAAUUAUCACAUUAAUCACUGGUUUAAUUCAACAAAAUGGCUUCUACACUCUUUAUUCAGCAACAAAUAGAAUAGCACUUGAUCCAACACUCUAAUUUCAACAAUAAAGUGUUGAAUUGAUUAAAUAAUGCCAACAUUUUUGUUAAUUUAAUGUGCUCUCCUGUAAAGAAAACUGAUGGAUUGAAGGAUAAGCUGGCCAAACACAUGUAGAUUCUUCAAUAUUUCCACUAGUACUGGAGCAGGUGAAUCUCAUAGGAAUACCUCUUUUUAGUCAUUACUUUAUUAAUGAUAUCUUGUCUGGUGAGCUAACUGGUGUUUUUAUCAGGACUCCAGAUUUCCACAUCUGGAUUUGGUGAACCCAGUUGUUGGAUAUGAAUAUAGCUACAAUUAGAGUGGACAAUCCCUCGGGAGAAGGUAUUUGAAGCAGAGGGAAGCUGGAUACCAUUGCAAGUUAAAAUGUCUACUUAAUUCUAUUUAGAAAUGAAUUUUUGGCAAGGGCAGUGCCAUAUUACCAAUAUGAGAUUGGUUAUACUCAUACUUUAUUCUUCUAGUCACCAAGCAGGAAACUUAGCAAUCCAGCUUGCAUCUCAGUGACUAUGCUUUGGACAUUAUCCAAAAUCCUCAGGUACUGUGUGUUCUGACUGCAAGAAUGCUAAGUCUGGGCUAAGUCUCAUUCUCACAGUAGGUUGUGUGUGAGAAUUUAAUCCACACUGUAUGUGCUACUUCCAUUCUGUAUACAGGAAAAUAAAUCCCCAGUAAUUUGGUAAGGUGUCAUCUGGUGUCCUUUAUAGUAACACAAUGCAGAGGGAAAGAUUGUGUUUUUACAAACUGGUACAAAUAAUACUGUUAGUCCAUCACAGUCACAAUAUACAGCAUAUUUAUAAAAAUAAUAAUUUAUAAAAACAAAAAUGUAGGGAAAAAAGAAAAACUAUAUUUUCAUUGGAGAGUUGGCAGCUUUAUUGAGUUCUGGGUUUCAUUGUUCAGUUUAUUAUAGAGAGAACAAUUUUCACUUCCUCCCUCUAAUGAGGCUGGGCUAAUCUGCAUCAUGUUACUUCAAGGCCAAAUGUGAGGAAAACAAAGAAGGAAUAAACAAACAAAGAGCUAAUCUAUUAAUAAUUCACUUGAGUAAAAGUAAGUAAAAAUAAAAUUAAUGAUAAAAAAAAUAGCUCAAGAAAUAAAGCAUCUGGUGAAAAUAUUGUGUAAUUACUUUUCAAAUUAUU